CGCAGGCCAAACAUAAUUCCAUUAGUUAUCGGCAAAGUUAAAAUCAAUUCUCUGAUCCGUUUUAAUUUGCGCACAAAAUGUUUCAGUGGACGCUUUGCAUUAACAUUAUUAUUGUUUUUUCGAGCACAGAUGUAACGAAGGCACAAGGUAGUCAUUGGUCCUAUGACGAUAUAGAAAACUGGCCUGGACAAUGCCAAACAGGGAAGUUUCAAAGUCCAAUUGACAUUGACACAAGCAUAAUAAUGAAAAAGUUUUAUCCUGAUUUCCAAGGCAAAAACUUUAAUACUUAUCAAUCUGCCACAAUUGGAAAUAAUGGUCACACGGUAAACAUAACAUUUUUAAAUCCUGAGACGAUAACAGCGUAUGGUGGAGGACUGCCAGCACUAAAAUAUCAACUUGAUAAUAUUCAUUUCCAUUGGAGAUCUGAACACACAGUUAACCAUUAUAGAUUUCCACUGGAAAUUCAUUUAGUAUUAUACGACGCGCAAUAUCCAAAUUUGCAAGAAGCUGUAGCCAAUAAAGGUGUAGCGGUAUUAGGCGUUUUAGUGGAGUCAUCUCCUGAAUGUGCUUGUUAUGAUUGCAAUAGCGCAUGGGAUGUGAUUGAAAACCAAAUGUCAGAAAUAGAAGGAAUCGGCACCAUCGCGCAAUUAAAACAGAAAAUUCUGGUCAACAAUUUUCUCCCAUACAACACCUGCAGGUUUUUCAGGUAUUCCGGAUCACUUACAACACCAGAUUGCAACGAAGGAAUUAUUUGGACUGUGUUUAGGGACACUAUUUGUAUACCACCAAACCAGCUUUACGCUUUAAAGCAAAUUCGAGGUGAAGAUGAAGAAAAAUUAGAAUCAACGUACAGACCUGUACAAUCAUUAAAUGGACGUAAAGUUACACUUUCCUAAAAUAUUUUCAAUUUUGAAGUACCAAGUACAAGUACAAAUUUGUAUUUAUACAAAUAAACUGUUUUUAAUUCAUUAUGAGUUACAUGAAAUUUAUAAUUUUGGGAUUUGUUAAAUAAAAUAUUAUAAUAUUAA